GGCGCCGGCAGCAGGGGAUCGGGAGCGGGCGGACGAGCGAGCGGCCCCCUCAGCGCCCCCUCAGCGCCCGGCCGCGGGUGCCGGCUCCGGCGGGGCGGGCGGAGCUCCCCGGGCACGGCCGGCCCUGCUCUCUCGGCUGCCGGCCGGCCCUGCGGCUCCGCCCCGGGCGGCGGGGCCCGGCGGGAGACGGGGCGAGGCCAGGCGAGGCGGGCACCGCGGGCUCGGUGCAGCCGGGACGGGACGGGACCCGCGCCUUGCGAUGGGAUGAGAGAAGUGUCCUGCACUGCAAAUGGCCUCCUGUUUGACAUUUAUUGCUUGCUAGUCUGGAGUCAGCUUUGGUGGAUGAGGAAGGCUGGUGACUCUAAGAUGUUUGAGAGAAUCAGACGAUCUGAUGAAGCUUCUGCUUCUUCAGCACAAGGAAUCCAAAGACAUGGUGUUGAGGGCUCUCCACGACAGGACAGCAGUAGCAGUUUACACAGAAGAGGACAAGAACAUCUUCGGCCUGGAGCAUCCACCGUGCAAAAUAGACAAGGAUACUGCAACUGUUGCCAUGUACACUACAGUAAUCUGGAACAGCACAUUUUCAGCUCCCAGCACAGACAUUUUACAACAUACUGUAGGAAUCGUACGGGUGCCAGUAGCUUGAUGGAGCGUUUCCUUCAAGAUGUUUUGCAGCAUCAUCCCCACAGAUACCAUGACAGCAGACCAACCUAUGAUGACAUGCCAUUCCCCGUCACUCUGGAGGCUCCUAGGAUUUCUUGCCAGUCCUCAGAAGAGAUACAGAAAAAGAGGAAUAGUGAGAAACAGGAGAUUUCCAGCAAAGACCAGGAGUCCAUUCGUGAAAUAGGCUCUUCUGUUCCAUGCCUGUCUCGUGAGGGCACAAAGAAAACUUUUGUUACCCAAGCAGGUUUUCAAAAACUUCAAAGAGGCCAGGAACGUGUUCCAGGAAUAUCCCAGCAGUCUGUUGGCAUUUGUAGUGAUAAGAAAUGGGUAAAUCUGAAACAUGCUCGAAUUGCAGAUCAUAGCCAUGAAGGUCAGUCUACAGCUGUGAGCCCUGUACCUCAGCAGUUUUCUCUCAGUCCUACAAGCCACAGUUCCUCUGUUAAUCCUAAAACAGGAAAAAAUUUUAGGGAUUUGGCAGCAUCAAAUCUGUUUCUGCGUAGAGGAUGUGAUGAAAGAGCAAUGGAGGUCUGCAGUAGGGAUGUAUUAUUGAACCCACGCUUGAAUCCUGCUCCAGCACUGGUUCACCCAAAACGCCCUUCAGUUUCUCAUCAGAAUCCUACACGCAGCCACAGCAAUUCUUCCUUUAUUACCUCAGGUCAAUCUCUCUCAAAGCGAGAUAGUUUACGAACUCAGGAUGAAACUUUGGUGUCUGAUCUCCAUCUCAGGGAUACUGUGGGUAUCAGCAGCUCCCUAGAUCUUGGGACAUCCCCACAGCUAGCAAGAUGCAAAAACAUAAAGACAAAUAGAGGUGAUGAACGUUCAGUGGAUGAAACUAUUGAAGAUGUAAUUGUGAAAUACUGCCAUGAAACUACAUCUGAAGAAAUUAAUUUCAAAAAAGAGAAUAAUCCCAGUGUACCUUUUUCAUCGCUUCUGGACCAUACUAAUUUAGAGGGCUCUGAAAUGAGUUUUGACUGUGAUGCACCAAUACAGGUAGGAACAGAUUUACCCAAGGCAGCUAUAAAAGAUAUAGAAUUCCUGAAAGAGGUCCAAGUAUGUUUGCAAGAUAAAGACUAUGGAACACAGCUCUCUUCUGUUUUAAAAACUGAGUCAUUAGAGAAAAUAGAAGCAGUGAAAAAGGAUGUUGUAGUUCAUACCGACGAACCAGUUCUUCCAGCCCUGCCUCACGUGCCUCCUUCUUUUGUGGGAAAAACUUGGUCUCAAAUAAUGUAUGAAGAUGAUAUCAAAAUUGAAGAACUUGUGCGUGAUUUCAGGGAAGGUCGUUUUCGCUGCUACUUUAACAGUGAAUCCUCAGCCAAUUGUACAGGGAAGAGAAUGAAGAAAAAAAAGCAGAAGGAUGAAAAAAGGAUCAAUAUUAUUGAGGGUAAUAGAACAGAAAGUGCACCAGUUAAAGCACUGCCAGAAUUUAAUGAUGCUUUAAGUGGUGGCUCUGAUUUUGAUAACCCGUCUUUAGCCUCAGAUACACUAUGCAACCCACAAAUUGUAAAAAUGCCUAGGAAAAGGACAUGGCGCCUGGCUUCAAGGUGUCAGGUGGUUAAAGUCAGCCAUGGCACCCAAACAAGUCUGCUGAACUACCCUGUAGCAAAAAGGAAAAUGUCUAGAAGGGAGUCAGAUCCAGCUGAUCAGAAAGCAAGCAUUGCAUGUCUGGAGAAUGAAAAGACUCCAAACAUGAAAACUAGACUAUGUGCCCUUAAACUUCCAGACUCUUACAGCAAGAUCAUGAGUCCUGUACAGCCCAAGACAGUGGUGUAUGUACUCUCAUGCCCAGAGGUAAAACAGUCCAAAGGUAAGCCUAUAGAUAUUCCCAAAAUGAGGAAAAAUCAUCACUCCACAGAUAGCAAGGACUCUGUAAGAUAUAAAUACAAACAGUGUUCUCUCAAAUAUUAUGACCCACUGACAAAUCGAAUUCUGAAAACGCCUCCAAAGAGUGCAGUUGGAGAAAAGGCCAAAAAGCCCUCUCAUGUUCGACAGCUUUUCAGAAGUCUCAGCUUUGAUGCAAACAUGAAGAAACUAGCUGAGAAACAGAGAGAAAGCACGCCAUCAAAGUCACUCAAUUGGUCAGACUUCUGUAGUUCUUCUUCAGCAUCUUUCCUGCCUGAUCGAGAUAAAGGGAAUGAUGCAGCCUCAAGUCAAAAGGCAGAUGGACCGUCUGUUGCCACAGAAAAAACAGAUUGUCUUGUAUCUGAGAACUCUUUUAAACACCUAAUCAUUUCACCUUUGAACUCUGUGAUAGAAGGAGAUUAUAGAUUAAUUCCAUUUAAUAGAAUUACCAAAACUCCUCUGACCUCCAUCAGGAGUGAGUGGUCAGAGAGGGAGACUCCAAAAGCAAUAUGGAAGAGAAAAGAAGGCACUAACAAAGAACCAGUUUUUUCCAGAAAGGCUGCAGGAUCUAAGUCUGUCAGAUGUACUCUUGCAAGGAGAGGAAACAGAGUAACCGCAGGCAAACAAAUGUCCAGAACUAAAAAACAGCAGAAAGAGGGGAUGAGAAGACAACUUCAGCCUUGUGCCCAGAAAUCUGCUUUCUCCAUCCAUAGGUGCCAGACAAGGAAAACUACAGUGGGAAAGCACCCUAAGAAAGAAAAGCCUGAUGCUAAAAAAUUAAAGGUGAGAAGGAAACCAAAAAGGGCCUUUCUGAACUCAACAGUUGUAACAGGGAUUCCUGAAAAAAGGCAGAAAGUCACAUCAGAAUCUUUUCCCAAGAAACCAGAGCAAGCUUCCUCCAAGGUCAGGAGCUGGGAAGUAAGUGGAGAUCGGGGUCAUCCUGGCACUGUGAACCGGCCCUCUAGAAGAACUUCUGCUGUACCAUUACUUCGAAACUGUCUUGUUCUACCAGGUGAGAGCUAGCUACCAAAAGAACUUUUUUCUUCUUUUUUUUAUAGCCAGCACCUGGAAGAAGGAAGGAGAAAAAAAGGAGGCCAUAGACAAUGCAGCUGAAGUGCUAGAGCUCCGGAAAGCGCAAAGCCAGUCUAAUGUGAAAUAAAUACGACUGUAAACUCAGCUCUUGUUCCUGGAAUAUGGGGACACAAUGUAUUGCACUGUUCUACUGUGUAAAGCUGCAGAAGUUGUGGGUUUGAUUUAAAAGCACUUCUAAUCAUAUUUACUAGUCUUCACCUGUACAUCAGCAAAAUGACCUUGAAUGGUAUCAUAUUGUUAUUAUGGUAUUAUCAGUGCGUAACAGUGCACUAUGAUAAGGUAAUUUAGAAGCAGUGUUAAUUAAUUGUGCCUAUUUUAAUUUUUUCACAUAAUUCUAAAGUGCAGAAGAUGACUCGGUUGCCAUGCUAGAAAUUUAAUGAAAAUACAUCAAUCAGGGCUGAAUUCUGUGUAUGUAUUUUGUAUUUGUGUAUAUUUGCACCUUCUUCAACACAUAAUAUAUACUUGCCUGUGGAGUGGCAUUAAAAUUAACACAGUAUGAUACAAUUCAGAUAAAUUCAAUGCUUUCUUGAAAUGAAAUAUAAUUUUAUACAUUUUUGUUUUGAUUUCUUUGUUCCUGAAAUCAUGUCCAAAGCUUUUUUUAUUUUUUUUUUUGACUGAAAGUCACUGUGGGCUCUCAUCAAGCAAUAAUGGAUCAUGCCGGUAAGAAAAUAUGUCUCCUUAGGGGACUGUUCAAAUGGUGGUAGCUGAAGUGAAAUCUUGAAUUCUAAAAGACAGAUAGGGUUAUGGUUGGGGGCUUUUUUGUUUUUAAUUGCUUGUUGAUCAAGUUUGUAGGUGAAUUUCACAUCCCUUCAUGAGGGGGAUGGAAAAGUUAUAAUGCAAACAAAUAGCAGCAAGUUGUUUCAGAAUGUCAGCCUUGAGUUUGGGGUUCUGUGCUUUUCUGGCUUCAUUUGGUGUAGUGUUGGUUAAAUUUUUAUGGACUAGAAUUCAAACUUUCUUUCUAAAUUUUCAGUAAAAUAUUUAAAUAAACCUAACACAGCAUCCCUCUAAAUGUAUUAGAGUUCAAAGAUUUGGUUAAAAACCCGGUUGAAUAAAAAUUAUAUUCCACAGAGAUUCAAGUUUGGCCACUGAUGUUCCAUCUACUAUGGUUUUGUGGCAAAAAAACCCUGAACCCAUGGUGUUUUAGCUUAGUUUUCUUUCUUUUUUUAAUAGCUGUUAUGAUGACAGUUUAUUUGAUGUGGUUAGGAGACAUAAAGCCAGCCUCACGGAUGUUUCUGUGCUUUAAAACCUAAGAUUAAUGGUUCAUUUACAGUAAAUUGAGCAUACAGUUAAACAUCAUAAUCCAGGCUUUGGUUUUCAAAUCUUCAAUUUGAUAUAUUAUAUAAUCUAUUUUACCUUGAAGGUCUUCAUAAAUUCUCUAGAGGUACAAUACAUUUUAGAACACAAGAAAAACAUGGAAAAGAGCAGAGCUUGCUGUCUCUGGUAUUGAACAGAUCUGUGCAUUUUCCCCCCGGAAAACAAAACUAUUCUUGAUUCACUUUUUUCUGAAGUGUCAAGGGUCACAGAUUUGGGCUGAGAUAAAGGUGGACUUGGAAAUGGUUUAUUUUAAUAUACAGUGUCUGAAGGAAAUAUAAAAGCUGUCAUCAUAAACCACAUGUUCAGAGAAUAUUUUGAGGAUGUUUUUAAUGUAUAUGCAUAUUUCCUAGGAUAAAUAAAAGAUGUGCAUGUGUCAGCUGGAAAGUAAGUUCCUUUACAAGUCAGAUAUGGUCUGGCAGAUUUGUUUAUUUGUUUUGUUUUAAUUUAUUUUAUUUUUUUAUAUAAAAGUUGAUUUCUUUGGAUGAAUUUUCCUAUGUUUGUCAGUAGACACAGAAUCUUAUGACUGUAUUGCAAGUCACUGGAAAAUGAAGGGCUGUAAUAUAAAUUUUUAUAGCCCUCAACUAAUUGUGCCUGUAUAAUUUAAUAUUUUGUCUAAUAUAAAACUGAUGUUUUUAAAGCAAAGUUUUAAAGGAAUGGUUUUUAUAGAAAGGCUAAUUUUUAGAUAAAGCAAAAGAAGAUUUUUAAAUAAAGUUUGUUUUAAAGCAAAGCUUUAACUAUAGAUAAGUCCCAUUCUAACAUAUUUUUAUGAUACAAGAAUGUUUUCGUAUCUAACUUCUUCCAUCUUAUUUUCCACAGUAUUUCACACGUGAAGAGCAUGACUUAUUUUGUGUGUGAAUAAGUUUUAAUGCACAUUGUACUUUAAGAACACUAGUGUAUAUUUGUUUAGAGUCAAAAUACUGUUCUUCAUACUCAUUCAUUGUACAUUUGUCUUAUCCCAGUGCACAACUUUUCCUUGAAAUCUUGAGUAAUAAAGAUGUGUUGAGGACUAUAAAAUUACUAAUAUUUUUAGACUGUAAUGUCUUUUGUUUUUGGUAAUAGACCCUCUUAUCAGGGUGGGAUUUUUAGAAGAAAAAUGUUAUAUUUAAUUAAGAGUGUAAGUACUGAUAUAUUUUCCUUAAAAAAAAAAAAAGAAAAAUGAAAAAAAGUAUGUAGGAAUUUAUUAGAAGAAUAAGACUUGAGGUACAAGUCUGGAAGCAUUUAUGUGGUUGACCUUUUCAAAAUAAGGUUUACUGUAGGCUUGGAUAUUAAUCUGUGCCUCGCUUCUGAAUGUUCAGAAACCUCUUCUGUGCAUGCUCGAUGACCACUAGGAAAAAGAGGAAAGACUGUGAUACGAGAAGUAAAAGCAGAAACUGCUUUGCAAUGAGAAUUAUGAACAUAUUUGCAAAACAAAAUAUUGCAAAGAUAGUCAAUAUCAUGUGCAAGAAGGAGAAAAUUCUGGGGUCUUGAGAAAUAGGCAAGCACUUUCCUGUUAGAUAAGUAAUGCAGUUUCUGUCCUUAUUGGAUAGAAAGUUGCUUCAUUAGCAGCAGGGCCAAUACUUCAAAACAUGGUUGUGAAGCCUACAGCAAUGGCAAACUUGAGAACUGAAAUACUUUCUCUCCCAAAGUGGUGGGCGGCUUGGUUGUUUUUGGGUGAUAUUUCUUGUUUCUAUUUUAGUUUGUGUUUCUUUUUUCCUUUUGUUGUUGUUUUGU